AUGGUGACCCCGGGCACGGCGGUGCCAGGCGACCCGGGUAGGAGCCGACCCUCAUACACUGCUCCUGGACAGGCCAAGACUACGCCGACGUGGUCGGAGGUGGCGAGAGGGGCAGUGCGUCGGCCGGAGGAACCCAGUCAUCGUCUCACUGCGGGUGAACUGGAGGAUCUACAACGGAGGUUCCCUCGGGUGGCGGUGGUCCCGGAGGAGCGGGUAGCGGCAGCCAGGAACCAAUGGAGGGAAACGGCGGUGAUUGCUAAGAGCCUGGGACGGAGAGUCUCCCCGGAGCUAGUGGCACGGGAGCUCAGAAGCAGGGGAAAGCUGAAGAAUGAAGUUGAGGUAUUACCUAUGAUGGAGGGCUUCGUCACCAUCCGGUUUGCAUCGGGCGACGACCGGGCGGCGGCGCUUGCUGCUGGGCCGUGGGUGGUGGCGGGGCAGCUCUUGGCAAUGGAAAAAUGGGUUCCCGAUUUCAUUCCGGGCACCCAUUCGGUGAAUCGAACGGUAGUCUGGGUCCGGCUGCCCGGGCUCCCUGUUGAGUACUGGGACAUGGAGGCCAUCAGGGUGAUUGUGGCGGAGGUGGGGAACCCCCUGGAGCUCGACCGAUUCUCCCAUGAGAGGCGGCGCAUCGGGUAUGCCAGGGUCAAAGUUGAGAUCAACGUCCGGCAACCACUGAUCCCGGGGACCAUUGUCCAGGGCGUGCAGGCGAGGUUCUGGCAGACCUUCGCCUAUGAAGAUCUGCCGGGGCUAUGCUAUCGCUGCGCCCGUUUGGACCACCUUGCCGGUGAUUGUUGUUACCAGGCUCCGGGAACGCAUUUGGGGACGGAGGCGGAGGGCCAAGGCGCGGAGACGGUAGGGCAGGGCGAGACUGCUAGUGGAUCGGAAGCUCCCCCGCAGAUGACUUUUGGUCCGUGGAUGACGGUGCCUCGGCAAAGGCACUGGAGGAACACGGGCGCCCCGGGCGGUGUGAAGAAGACGAUGGAGGCGGCCGAGUCGGCUCGGCGAGCAAGCUUGGUGAAGACGACCCCGGAGACGGUUGAGGUUGAUCUGGCUGACUCUUCACCGGACACUGAGGGGUGGCGUAAGCCAAAGAAGGUCGCCCGGCGAGGGUCGCCGGGGAAGGGGUCGGGGCAACCGGAACCCGGCGUGGCGGAGGGAGUCCAGACGACUGAGCUGACUCGGCACCAGGACUGA